UGUAAACUAAUGGCCGCCACCUUUGUCUAAGAAAGUAAUAAAUUUAUUAUUUCGCACUUUUUAUAAAUGAAAACUAAGGAAAAAUGUCCAAGAAAGGUGCCCCAAAUGUUAAGAGUAAAAGACCUGUAUCUGGGAAAAAGGGUAAAAAAGAGGAGGUGGAAGAUCCUAUGAUAGCCAUUUUAAGAAAGCUUAACGAUGAUCUACAUGCAGAAAACAGCAGCCUUAAAGAAUCUUCCUCACUCUAUCAUGACAAGUUACAAUCAAUCAUUCAGCAUGUUAUAGAUAUAAACGUUGAUAACUUUAAGCCAGAGGAAGGCACAGACAUUAUAGACCUUCCUUUAGUGGACAUUACACGGAUGAUCACAAAUCUGACGAUCACAUCUGGGAGUAGUUUACGGUCAUACGAGGUGAGGCUGGAGGAACUAGAGACCAGAGUGACACAGCUGAAUGGUGAACUGGCCAAGCUGUUGAAGCUGAAGCUGAAGGUUGAAAAUGGAUUGAAGGAUAUGGAGUUGAUGUACAAGGUGGAGGAUCUGAGAGUGCAAGCAAAGAGACUUUGGUAUGAUUGUUGUUCAACUCACAUUUUUGCUGUACCCAAACACAAUGAACCUGUAUACACAAAUGGGUACAUGACCCCAACCCCUGCUGGCAGUGAGUACUCCUCUAGAGCCCCAAGUGCUGAUGGUGAGAGGUUGAUAGAAUUUGUACAUGAAAACACCAUUCCUCCAGACCAUCUGAUUGUACUGAAACCCAGGGCACGGAGCAUCAGCCUGACCCCAAAAGACUCUGAAAAUGAAGAUUUGCAGCCUCCUGAGAGGAAGAUGCCUGGAGAAACUCACAUCUUUGACAUGCAUGACGGCCUUAGAAGUGUGAUCAUUCGAAGUCUCAGCAAACGUAAAGGAAAUGGCAAUGAUUGGCGUUUGAUUGCUGAUCGUGUUGGUAUACCAGUGGAUCUGAAGGAGCAGUGGUUAAGGAUGAGGGCGCCAAAUGCCAUGGCGCUGGUGAUGAAAGUGUGGGGAGACAGUCUAGGAGCCACAGUCAGAAUGUUGCACAGACACUUGUCUUCACCUCAGAUGAAGUCAGUCAUGUUGGCAAAAAUGAUUUCAGAUUUCUAUGAUGUUGACUGAUAAAAACUGUGUUGAAAGAUCAGUAAAAUACAUUUCCGAAUUGUGUGUGUCUAAUAAAUUAUUUAAAAUUUAAUAUAAUUAUGACAGUUUUAAAUUAAACAUUUAAAGUUUUUCUCCUGUUAAACUAUAUACUAGGAUUAAUUUUGUUGUUUAGAAAAUAUAAUUUUUAAAUGCAUUUUCUAGUGGAUCAAGUCUGUUUCUCAUUGAUUGAUAAAUUCAAAUAUUCAUCUAGUUAAUUGUUAUACAAUAGAUAUCUGUGUUACAAAAACUAAGUUGCCAAAAUGUCGUAUUUUCAAAUUAAAAGCCAAAACACCUAAAAGUAUUGUAACAAUUUCAAUGUUAUUUUUUUGCUCUUUCUUUACUUUAGAAGGAAGGAAUCAAUAUUGUGUGAUGUGUUUAUUUAUACCAUAAGUC